AAGGGGCUGGGGAUUUAUCUCAGUGGUGCCGCCGCCUGCCUUGAAAGAGCAAAGUUCUCAGUCGGAUCGCCAGUACAAAAAAAAAAAAAAAAAAAAGAGGAAGAAAGGAAAAGGAAAAAAAUUCCUUUACCCUUUUCAGAGCUCACACCUAUUAACUUUGUGGGUAGUAUCAUUCAGUUUUUUGUUUUUGUUUUUGGGGGGUUUUUUGGUACCGGGGAUCGAACUCAGGACCCUGAGCCUGCAAGGCAGGUGGCGGAACCACUGUUUUUUGAGACAAGGUCUCACUGUGAAUUCCAGGCAGGCCUGGAACUUCUGCUUCUCCUGCCUCAGCCACCUGAAUUUUAUGAUCAAGCCCACACUACCGCAUCCGGCUUUCUUUUUUUUUUUUUUUGGUAUUGGGGAUCGAACUCAGGUCCUUGAGCUUGUGCAGCAGGCGACGAAACCACUGAGCUAAAUCCCCGGCCCUCCCAGCUUUCUUUUGAUAGUAGUAUCUAUGAGUUUUUUCAUGUUAUUAGCUGUUUUUGCUUCCUUUUCAAACUGUCAAUUGUCUUCUGAUUUUUCUAAGAGGAGGCUUUUUCCUACUGAACAAGAAAAUGAACACAUAAACCAAUGGCUUCGUUUGAGAAAGCAUUAGCCCUUAUUUCCAUCUUGAGCAUUGUGAAAGAAUACAACCUUCACAUUCAUAGCCUCACUUUUUUGGGGUUUUUUUUUGGUACCAGCGAUCAAACUCGGGACCUUUUGCUUGCAAGGCAGGCAGCGAAACAACUGAGAGUAGCCUCACUUUUAUUCCUCUUUGGUUCAGAAAAUGUUCCUUUACCCAUGACUAUAACAACAGUAACCAUGGUGACGGCCAGAGUUUUUACUAUGUGACCAUCUGGAUUUCCUCUCUGGAAAGUAUGGUAUUUGUGUCCAGCCUAUGAGAUUGGUAAUGUCAUUUCUGUUUUAUGGUUUUUGUUUUUGUUUUGUUUUUGGUACCAGGGAUCGAACUCGGGUCCUUCCACUUGCAGGGCAGGCGGCAGAACCACUGAGCUAAAUCCCCGGCCCUGUCAUUUCUGUUUUUACAGAUAAGAAAACAAUGUCAGAGAGGGUAAGUAUUGUCCUACCAAGAACAGUGAACUGAUCCCUGCAACUCUGGGCCUAUGCCCAGGUCUUCUCUAGUCCUCUGGGCCCCGUUUACCCACUUAAGUCAGGGACAGAGAGAGCAGAGUAGAGCUCGAGAAUAAAUAAUACCUCACAUGGAGGCUUGUAAGAAUUGGAAGCCUCAAAGAGCUCUUCAUCCAAGCUCUUGGCAUAGAGACACAGGCACUGACAGUGUUAAGAGAUUAGAAGUGACUACCUUAGUUCCUGCCCCCAAAGGGACAUCAUCUGGUAGGCAAGUAACAACAUUGUGUGACAGUCAGGAAUGGGUUUUGCUGUAAAUCUGUUGUGAGUGUCAGGCUCUCUGGGUAGAAAGGAAGAAGAUGUAAGGGUACCUGGAACUUUUCUUUGGGUGUCAAGUGUAUUGUAUGAAGAUCUUAUGUAAUCCCUAUACUCUCACGCAGAAAGACAAUACCACAUCCACCCCCUUCCCCGUUUAGAGAGGAGCCUGUGCUCAGAGAGGUUUAUUUAUACCAGCAGGAAACGUAGAGCCAGGAAUUAGAGCUAGGUCUGAGACAGAGCUGGGACUAUCCACUGUUCUCAAGGAGACUGCAAGAAGCCCCAGAACAGAUGCUGAGGUUGUCCACACUAAGCAAGGGGAGGAGGCCCCCGGAAAGAAAGAAGUACAGCCGGAGGUCCAGAGCUGUGCAGCAACCAGUGAGAAAAGUGUUUGUUUCACCGGUAGAAGACAUGGCUUUUGCUCUUUGCCUCCCCUCUGAGCAGAUGAUCAGCCCCAACUUCAGAGCUCUUUACGGUCCGAAAGAAACUGGUCAGCAGCAAUCCUUAGUCCCUUGGCUCCCAGCAAAAGUGAGCAAUACCCAGGGUGGGGCCGUGGGGGAGGGACCAAUUUAGGCCCCUCCCCAACCAUUGUGUCUGGGAAGCCAAUGGGCGAAAUGCGUGUUGCUAACCAAUCAGAAUGCGGUAUGUAAACGAACACGCGGGGAACCACCCAGGUCGCUACAGUGCUCGGAUGCAGCUGCCCGGGGGCAGACUGGCGAGGAUCUGGGAGGGUACUCUAGUGAGCUGGUCGGCCCUGUUCUGGGUCUGGGAGGAGGGAGAUUCGGACACACCUACAGACCAGAGACGGUCAGAGAUAGUGUGGGCUUCCUCCGGGAGCCCCCACCUGGACAACACCAGAAUGGGACUGUAUGCAGAUGCCUGGAAGAUUCCUAGCAGAGGAAGAGCGUCAUGAAGGACGCAAGAGAGCAGUCCGCUACUAUGCUGUGGAACUGAAGAGAGAGGAGGCAAGCAGCAGGCCUGGCUACUUGCACCAUGGCCAGCUGCCACCACCACUUGGGGUACCUGGCGGAAGAUGAGGCUGGCCACAGCACGUACAUGGCUGGAGUACUACCACCCAAGAAGCCACUGUUGCCAGAAAUGGGACCAGCCUCCAAGCUGGGUCGUGUGCCACACCCACCAUCAGUGGAUGGCAGUUCAGCACACCAGGGCUACUGCCAAGCCCCUAAGAGACCUCAAACUUCUGGUAGCUUCCUAGAUUUCCUGACAGAGGGCCAGAUGCUGGACAGUCUGCAGACAGUGGUGAAAGAGGCAACCGAACUCAUAGCCAGCAUGAAGACAGAGGCUGGGGUGCCACUGGUGGAUGUGCAGGACUCCACAGAAGUGCCAAGUGGGAAGCGGUGGGUGUGUGCCCGACCCAACUUCAGCACUGUAAAGCAGCACCAUGUUCGGCCCACCCUCUGCACUGGUCACCCCAAUAAUUACCCAUCCUGCUCCAGCUCCAUGUCUGACUCCCAUAGUAGCCUCACAGCUGGCCAUCUGGGCUCCCACAGCCGGGACAGUGACCUAGGUCCCCGAGGCUUAGGCUCAUUGCCACCCAUGAGAGACAGACUCCUGCUGGAGAAAAACCUCAAGCGGUUGGUACAGCUGGAGAACAAUGGGAAAGGCUGGAGUCAGUCCUGUUCCCAGAGGGACUCCUUGCUGUGGAACUCACUAGGCAGCCAAACCAGUAGCCAGUAGACCCAGGAACAGCCCCUGUCCUGGUUCUCAGGGCUGCUGGGCUCCAGCUCAGGGACCCCUGAAGCAUCAGAACUGGGACCUGGAGAACGGGAGCUGAUUUUCCUCAAAGAAAAGUUCAACAAGAAGAGGAAGUCCUUGCUGAGCCAGCCAGCACCCUUUGACCUGCGUGGCUACUGUGUUCUCCAUGAGCCCCAUCGUACCCUGGACUUCCUGGCCAAGCACCACCUCUACCGUGUUCUGCAAAGUGUGGUCAGCCAGGCUUCAGACAAGCUCAGGGGCACCCGCUUCCAUGAUGGCUGCCCUCUCUUCCCUACCAAUUCCCAGCCCACCUCAGCACUCCCAGUUAACCACAAUCAGGGGCUACCAGACUCCAAGCCAGCUGAGGGGGAGGAGCCCUGUGAUUCUCUUCACACCACAGUCUCCAACCCCAAGUUACCUCACAGAAAAAGCAAGAAUGAAUUGUGCUCCCCUGUAUCUAGUGCCCAGAUGGCCAACAGAUUCAAGCUCAAGAACUCCAACACCAAGUUCACAAAGAAGCCACUGCCUUCCUUCUCGCCAAAGUCCAGCUUGUCCCACCUCUCCAACCGUUUUGAGGAGAUCAUCAACUUCUUGGUGGAGCAGGCAAUCUCCUUGCUCACUCUCAAGUACAAGUACGAGAAAAACCUCAAUAAGCAGCUUGGCUUCAUCUCCUUUCCUGUCACCGAGGCUCUCAUGUACGUCUUCCUGGGCUUCAAGAAGGUGAAGGGCUCCCAAAUUCUUCUGUCCUCAGAGAUGUACUGGAGCUGCCUGAUGUGCAAGCUGCAGCAGGCCGAGUGGACACUGCAGGCCUCAAGGCAGGCCUCCCACGUGCACAGCUCCCAGGCCAGUAGCAGCUCCUUGAAGCCUGGCUCCCACAGGGUUCGCAGCUUGCUGCUUGGUGCCUCCCAGCACAGCACAAAGUCUUCAUCCAUUUAGCCCACACCAGCCACCAGCAGCAACCAGGACCAGGCCACAGAGCCUGGCCUCCCUCUCAAUGCUGAGAUGUCAAUCCACCAGCUGCUCAGCCCUCGGGAGCCUAUUACAGCUGAGAAGCAGGCCCCCAGUAGUCUGUCACACCCCAGGCCCUUUGUGUCCUCUGACCCGAGCAUGGGUUCCAGUCUCCCCAAUUCUGCCAAGAUGAUGAACAUUGAGGGCAAUGAGAGCAAUGCUGAGGCUAAAGACAAGGGGAGCGAGGAUGACAAAGCUGAGGGCAUGGAUUUCUGUGAGGAUGAGAGCAAUUAUCAGAACGUCCUGGAGCCUGGACUGGAGGCCACGAUCAGGCAUUCUGUGGACAUGGGCCACAGUGAUCCCCCAUGAAGUCCCUGUAAGCCACACUUAGUGGUUCAUUCCCUGCUUCUCCACCUGGUCCUUAGUGGCUGCCCACUCAGCCAGCUGCUACCCUAAGCAAGGUCAGGAUGGGCUGAAUGUCCAUGAGGACCUCUGCUAACACUCACAGGGAAGCCAGUGGGAGAAACAGAAAUAAAACAUCUGUAGAUGGAA